UGUGCAACCCUGCCCAGCCGGAAACUGACAACGUCAAAGCAGCUGUCAAUUCGCGAUAACUUCACUCUUUCCGGCAUUAGUUCGCUGCUAGUGAGCACACAUUUUUGUGAGCGCUGGUGAAAUUAACACCGUCAAAAUGGGAAGACGUCCCGCAAGAUGUUAUCGCUAUUGUAAAAACAAGCCGUACCCAAAGUCGCGGUUCUGCCGUGGUGUCCCAGAUCCGAAGAUCCGUAUCUUCGAUCUCGGUCGCAAGAAGGCCGCCGUCGAGGACUUUCCGCUGUGCGUCCAUCUGGUGUCCGACGAGUAUGAACAGCUGAGCUCGGAAGCGCUGGAAGCAGGCCGUAUCUGCUGCAACAAGUACCUGGUCAAGUUCUGCGGCAAGGACCAGUUCCACAUCCGUAUGCGCCUGCACCCGUUCCACGUCAUUCGCAUCAACAAGAUGUUGUCGUGUGCCGGAGCCGAUAGACUCCAAACUGGAAUGCGUGGUGCCUUCGGUAAGCCCCAGGGAACCGUUGCCCGCGUUAACAUUGGCCAGCCGAUCAUGUCGGUGCGCUCCAGCGACCGUUUCAAGGCCCAGGUCAUCGAGGCUCUGCGUCGUGCGAAGUUCAAGUUCCCCGGCCGUCAGAAGAUCUUCGUCUCGAAGAAGUGGGGCUUCACCAAGUACGACCGCGACGAGUACCAGAAGCACCAGGAUGAAGGUCGCCUGGUUGCGGACGGAUGCGGUGUCCAGUUCAAGAACGACCACGGACCGUUGGUCAAGUGGGAACAGCACCAGCGCAACCGGUUCGCCGUGUAAGGAGGAAACUCUUUCCCAGCCGAAUGAAUUGCGUUUUGUGUAUUGGAAAAUGGUUGAUGAUGGUAGAAAUGUGGAGUGGUGGCCUGAGAAACUGAUAUGCCCCGCCAAGGACUGAGAAUGUAUGAAGGAACAGAAAGGAGGAAAAUGUCCGAAAGGAAGAAAACAAGUCCAGGAGAAUAAAGGAUAAUCCAUAUUUUGCUGGCAAAAUGUAA